CACUCAGAAAAAUCUUGUGACAUCUGGCCGAGAAGUGCUCCACUGACAGAUCUGUGAGCGACAAGGUUUUCUGCACUCGACUUUCGAAGUUAGAGAAGCGGAUUUUAUUUUGCAUACGUAAAUUUUUUGACGCUAUUUUGUCUUCAGUAACAUUAAAGCUUUCUUUAUGGCAAUAUUUCUUUAACAUCUAUAAGAGAAGAUAUGGAGAAAACUCCACUGUCUCCGAGACCCAACAGAAGACUGCAGUCCUAUGAUUCCACCAAAAAUUCAGAUGAUUGCAACAGGCUUCGAGAAAUUCCUGAACAGAUUGAAAGUAGUCAAUCACUGUUUAUCGGUGAUCCUGAAGCUUGGCUGUCUCAAAUGAAAAGAAAGCACUGGAAGAGGCGACAAAGUAGUGAAAGUUCCCUUAUUCAUAUUACAGGAACCGGUACUAUAUUAGAAGAAACUCUAAACUGCGGACAGUGCUACAAAGGUCUUUCUGUAGUUAAAGAGGGUAGCCAAGAACUAGAUGAUCUUCCUCCUGGUGUUGGUCAAUAUGAUGAUUUUCACACCAUCGACUGGCUAAGGGACUUAGCCCGUGACAGAUACAGACACAAAUAUAUCACCAGAAAGAUGAAAGAAUCUGUCUCAGCAUUAAUAAAAGGAUAUUGUGAUAAAGUAUCGGGAUGGAUUUGCGUCUUUUUUGUAGGAGUCGCAGCUGGUUCAUUGGCUGGCUUUAUAGAUAUCGGAGAAGGCUGGAUGAAGGACCUGAAAGAUGGUGUUUGCCCACAAGCAUUUUGGCUCAAUAAAGAACAGUGUUGUUGGUCUUCCAACGAAACCUUUUAUGAAGGAGAUGCAUGUGACCAGUGGUCAUCAUGGAAUGAUAUCCUUCACCUAGGAAAGUCGUCAGUUGAUGAAUACUUACUAUCAUACGCGUUUUAUGUCGGCUGGAGUGUGUUUUUUGCAGCACUAGCUUGUAACAUGGUCAAAACGUUUGCACCUUAUGCAUGUGGGUCCGGUAUACCAGAGAUCAAAACCAUUUUGAGUGGUUUUAUCAUGAGAGGCUAUCUUGGCAAGUGGACUCUCGUAACUAAAUCCAUCUGCACUAUGCUGGCCGUAUCUGCUGGGCUGAGCCUCGGAAAAGAAGGACCUUUGGUACAUAUCGUAUGCUGCAUCGGGAAUAUAAUAUCCUAUUUCUUUCCUAAAUACGGUAAAAAUGAAGCUAAAAAGAGAGAAAUCCUGUCUGCUGCUGCAGCCGCUGGUGUGUCUGUUGCAUUUGGGGCACCAAUAGGAGGCGUUCUCUUCAGUUUAGAAGAAGUAAGCUACUACUUCCCAAUGAAAACUUUGUGGAGAUCUUUCUUUUGUGCCUUGGUGGCUGCUUUUGUUCUCAGAUCUAUUGACCCUUUUGGAACAGAUCAUGUAGUCAAGUUCUACAUGAAUUCUACACGUGAAUGGAUUCUGAUCGAGCUUGUGCCUUUUGUAGUUCUUGGAAUGCUUGGGGGCGCUAUAGGAACAGCUUUUAUACGUGCAAAUGUCGCCUGGAGCCGCUACAAAAAGACUUCUAAAGUUGGAAACUUUCCAAUUGUGGAGGUCUUCCUGGUGACACUUCUGACGGCACUGAUAAAUUUUCCGAAUGAAUUCACUCGUAUGAAUGCGAGUGAUUUGAUCAAGACACUUUUCAGCCAGUGCGGAAUGCAUGACAUUUCACCAUUAUGUGACUAUAAACGAAAUUUGACAUCAGUAGAUCAACAUAUGCAAAUUUUAGAAGCCGGGCCAGGAAUCUACAAGUCUUUAUAUUUACUUCUACUAGCACUCGCCUGCAAGUUCGUCAUAACAAUUUUCACUUUUGGUAUUAAGAUUCCAACAGGUCUUUUCAUACCCAGUCUGGCCAUGGGUGCUAUUAUGGGUAGAAUUAUAGGAGUUGGAAUGCAACAACUUGCCUUCCUAGUAUUUUUCAGAAAAUACCGAGAUUCAUGGCCAUUCCAUGCUGCCUGUACUUCGAACGAAGAUUGUAUGGAUCCGGGGUUGUACGCCAUGAUCGGAGCAGCAGCUACACUAGCUGGCGUCACAAGAAUGACAGUUUCCUUAGUUGUUAUAAUGUUUGAACUGACAGGAAGCGUUGAUUAUAUAGUGCCACUGAUGGCGACAGUUGUUGCUAGUAAGUGGGUAGGUGAUGCCAUUGAAAAGGAAGGGAUAUAUGAUGCCCACAUACAGCUUAGCAAAUAUCCCUUCUUAGACAAUAAGAAGUGUGUUAAGUAUCCUACAACUGCAUAUGAUCUUGUACGGAAUUUGAGGCCACAGAAUGGGUUAUAUUGUCUUACACAAAAGGGCAUGACCUUAGAAGAAAUAGAGCAGAUUUUGGAAACAACAACGCAUAAUGGAUUUCCAGUUAUUGUCUCAAGGGAUGUACCUAAUCUCGUUGGAUUCGUGCUAAGAAGAGAUUUAUGUUUAACUAUUGAACACAUGAAGAAUUGGAAGAAGAAUAUAAACGGAAAAUCAGUUGUUGACUUCAUACAGAGGACUCAAGAUGUUCAGAGAGGUAUUGCUCCAGUUAAUCUCAGAAGGAUAGUGGAUAUGGGUCCUUUAACAGUGACGGUGGAGACUCCAAUGGAAACAGUAAUUGAAAUGUUUUGUAAAUUAGGUCUUCGACAAAUUUUGGUAACAGAGCAUGGAAGGCUUGUCGGUAUCAUCACAAAAAAGGACGUACUGAAUCAUGUACAAGAAUUGAAGAGCACAGUUGAAGAAUAAGAAUAUACCAAAGACAAUACCUGGAUAAUUGGAAAUUUUGAAAAAAACACAUUUUAAUAAAAUUUUUAUACAUUUUUGAAAAUAUUUCAGGAAUAUUAAUUAUAUUCAUUCAUCAAUUUCCUAUCAGAAUGUUAUAUUUAUUAUGGUCCAUAGAUAAAGAAUUUUUAUAUAUUAUAUAAUUUAAGCUUAGAAUGAUAAUUUUUUAUGUAUUGUAUAAUCCUUUAAAUCAUAUGAAUAACUUGUUUAUAGUGUUUUUAUUAAAUGUGUAACAUCAGUAUAAACUGUUAUAGAACUUAAAACAUUUUUAUUAAAUAAUUUUAAUAAUUAA